GCCUGAUAAGAAAGGUUAGAUUUUAAAGGGAAAUCAAGGUUGUCGAGGUGUGCGGUGGACGCAGCGGGACUGGGAGUGCUGCUGAUUGCAGGGCUCACUGGAGCAGAAGUGGCGUGCUAUUCCCCUCUCCUCCUUUCAUGUCCCCCCCAUGUGUGUCCCUGUAUAUUAGUGCACCCCCACCCGCCCCCACUUGUCUCACUUCUUUGGCUCAAAGCUCCCGUCUCCCCCAUGCUUUGGACAAAGCCAGCUCACUGCCAGCCCAAUGACUGCCUGGAUCGUCCUGCCUGUCAGCCUCUCUGCCUUCUCCAUCACAGGAAUAUGGAUAGUCUAUGCCAUGGCUGUGAUGAAUCACCAUGUUUGUCCUGUGGAGAACUGGUCCUACAACGUAACAUGCACAGAGGAACUGCCCCGACCAGGCUUUCCCAAGACAUGCUGCACCAUCCAGGACAUCCCCCUCAUCAGUAAGUGUGGUUCCUACCCUCCAGAGAGCUGCCUGUUCAGCCUGAUUGGCAAUGUUGGAGCUUUCAUGGUGGUCAUGGUGUGCCUCCUGCGCUACGCCCAAGUGAUAGAGCACAGCCACCGGUGCUGGAUCAACACUGGUGCCCUGGUGUCUGGUUGCACCAAUGCUGUAGGCCUGGUCAUGGUGGGCAACUUCCAGGUAGACCAUGCCAAGUCUCUACACUAUGUGGGUGCCGGUGUGGCGUUCCCAGCAGGGCUGCUCUUUGUGUGCCUGCAGUGUGUGCUCACCUACCGGGUGGCCAUGACGGCGCUCGACUACUGGAUGGCGCACUUUCGUGUGGCGCUGGCAGCAGGAGCCAUGGUCUCUCUCGUCCUCAGUGGCAUCUUCUUCAUCCAUGAGAGCUUUGUCCUGCAGCAUGCAGCUGCCAUUUGUGAGUGGGUCUUCACUGUUGACAUCUUGGUCUUCUAUGGCACCUUCACAUAUGAGUUUGGCACUGUCACCAACGAGACCAUGAUGGCUGGCUUGCAACAGACUCUCCACCACAGCCUUAAGUCUCCUGGGGGAAGCAGCACAUCUACCCAUCUCAACUGCACCCCGGAGAGCAUAGCCAUGUUGUAGCUCUGUCGCACACCUGAAAAGGUCAGAUAAGUCAUCGCCAAAGUGCUGCAGGGGUGCUUGUCCAACAACACAGGGCAAGGGAGUUUACAGAGGCACAUGGGAAGGAGG